UUGCAGGUCUUUGGGAGGCGCUGAUGUGACAGCUGGGACUGCGCUGACUGCUGGGUUAUCCGCUCACUUUCUGUUUAGAAGUUCGUUUAUCGACAGGGACGGUUUCGCUGCUCUUUAUUCAGGAGGGAGAAAUAGAAGACAUCCUUUAUGAAGCCUUAAAAACCACAGACUGCCACAAGUAUGCUGAAAUUCUCCGCAGCGACACUUUGCCUUUGUUUGUUGAUGCUGGAGACUUCUGUCAGCUGGGGAACUUGUUCGCCGGAGAGCGUCCAAAGCCACGAUGAAGAUGCUUUCACCAUCCAGCAUUCCACCACAGGUAAAUGUGUGGAAACGGGACUCUCAAGAGACUUUAGAAUCACCGCCUGCAACUCCACCGUCAGAUCCCAGCUGUGGAAGUGGGGUUCAGGCGAAAGGCUCUUCCACGUGGCGUCGUCUCUCUGCUUGGCGCUGAAUGUUAGCUCGAAGAUGCUUACCCUGGUUGACUGUGGCUCCACCGUUCCUUUGACGUGGCGCUGCCUCGACGGACUGGUGUACACAGUUUACCAGAUGGGCCUGACGGUCACCAAAGAUAAAGUUGGGUCCAGGCGGGACUCUAAAGACGCCUGGGUUAGAGGAGGAACCCAAGAAAACAUCUGCCAGAGGCCUUAUCGUGUUGUUCACACCACCAGAGGAAACUCUGCAGGAGCACCAUGCCAGUUCCCCUUCAAAGUCAACAACACCUGGCAUCACGGAUGUAUUCCGGAUGCACAAGUCCCCAGACUGUCCUGGUGUGCCACAUCCUCAGACUUUGACUAUGAGCAGAAGUGGGGGAACUGUCUAUUACCUGAGGUGGGCUGCCAGACCCUGUUCUCCGGACCGCCUGGGGGACCCUGCUAUGAGUUUGUUUCCGGCGCCGCGGUGACCUGGCAUGAAGCUUUGCAUUCAUGUCGCAGUCAGGGAGCCGAUCUUCUCAGUCUGUCGGAGUCUGAUCUCAACUCAAUAGCCUUUUUGGGCGGUCUUCGUGAAAUGCCUGAGAGGAUGUGGAUCGGCCUUCACCAAUUAGACAGCUCCCAGGGAUGGCAGUGGUCAGACGGAUCCCCUCUUUAUGUCUUGCGCUGGGAAGCAGGAAUGCCAUUCACCUCGUUCCUUAUUGAGUCAGACUGCGGCGUCUUAAAUUCUGGGAAGAACUUUGAGUCCGAGUCAUGCAACAAGCGGCUGCCGUACAUCUGCAAGAAGAGGGUGAACGCCUCUGACACGACAGCCGCAGAUCCUCUAGUAAAUAAAGAAACGGUGUGUUCAGAGGGCUGGGUGCCAUGGAACGGCUGGUGUUACAAGUUAAUUAACGACAUCAACGAACAGAGGAACUUUGUAGAUGCCCAAGAAUACUGCAACAACACAGAAGGAGGAGCGCAACUAGCUAGCUUCCACUCUAUUGACAACAUCGAGAUGAUCAGCACGUAUUUUCCGACAGAUGGAAAUUUUGCUGGUGCCUGGAUUGGUCUCAAGGGUUAUGGGUUAAAACCCACCAUCUUCAUGUGGACUGACAAGAAGCCUGUCAGUUUUACCUACUGGGACCAAAACCAGCCUGUCCAGAACGCUCAGGAUCCCACCUGUGUCUUCUACUCUCGGGAGUCUCAUGGUUGGCGGGUUGGGGACUGCUCAACGAAGAUGUCUUUCAUGUGUCAGAUAAAAGGAGUCUUCAAUGAGUCGUCAGUACAAGCUGGAUGCCGCUAUGAAGAUGGGUGGAGGAGGCAUGGCAGCUCCUGCUAUCUAAUGAGGACUGAACAAGUGCCCUUCAAAGACCACUGCAACGUCACUAUCAGAAACAGGUUUGAGCAGGCCUUCAUCAACCGCCUGCUUGCAGAACACAUCAGCAAAGACCCUCAGUAUUUCUGGAUAGGUCUGCAGGACAUCAAGAACACUGGAGAGUAUCAGUGGAUGAGCCAGGGUGACUCCUCGGGCGUGGUCACAUAUACUAACUGGGGCUGGUUUCAACCAGAUAGGGACGGAGGUUGUGCUGUGAUUUCGACAGCAAAGCCGCUGGGCAGGUGGGAAAUAAAGAACUGCACCCUUUUCAAAGCCGGCACAAUCUGUAGAACAGACCUCCAACCACCUCCGCCACCAGAACCAGUACCGGAUCCUAAUGCGACCUGUGCCGAUGGAUGGAUGACUGAAACAGACAGCAAAUAUUGCUACAAGGUGUUUCAUGAGGAGCGGCUCAGCAGGAAACGCUCCUGGGAGGAAGCCAGGAGGUUCUGUCAGGCUCUGGGAGCCAACCUGCCCAGUUUCACAAACAUAAAAGAGAUGGCAUUUCUGCACCGCAUUAUGAGGAAUUCAAUUAGCGACGAUCGGUACUUCUGGGUAGGCCUGAACAGAAGAAAUCCAACCGAUCAAUCCUGGCAGUGGAGCGAUGGCCGCCCUGUGUCCUUCGAUGUUUUACACCACGAGUUCCACGAGGACGAUGCCUACAACAGAGACUGCACGGCUUUCAAGUCAAUGAAGAGAACCUUCACACACCUGCUGCUCUACCUUUAUGACAUAAACAUCCCACCGUUCUUUGCCACGCCAUUCCACUGUGACGCUCAGCUGGAGUGGGUCUGCCAGAUUCCCCGCGGAAUUAAACCAAAGACUCCAGAGUGGUACAAGCCUGAUGGGCACCAUGAGACCUCUGUCUUCAUAGACGGAGCUGAGUUUUGGUUCGUAAAAGAGCCCAAACUAAGCUUUGAUGAAGCUACUCUGUAUUGCAAUGCAAAUGGCAGCAAACUGGCUUUUCCAACAAGCAUAACUGCAGCUGCAACGAUCCAGCAACAACUGGAAAAGCUGGGUGGACCACCAGAUCAAAACUGGUGGAUCGAUAUGACACGCCCUGACCGGCUGUUCCCCUCUACGUACACCAAGAUGCACUUUUACCGCUCUCAGUUUUUGGGCCGAUGCACGCACAUCACUCCUAAAAAUUAUUUUCCAGGCCAUUAUCUAAGUUGCCAGCAGAAAAAUCCGUUUGUGUGUGAAAAGCUCAACGUCACACCGGUGGAGAAAAACCCUGCGAAACCCCAACCUGAAAGAUAUCCUUGUGGAGGCCGCUCAGUCUCUUUCAGGAACAAGUGCUACACACUGUUGAACAAGACCUCUAUAGCGUUCAAGCAGGCCAAUGAAGAGUGCAAAUCUUUGAGGGGAACCCUGGUCACCAUAUCAGAUCAGAUGGAACAAGACUUCAUCAACACUCUGUUACCAAGUGUGGUACAUAUGGAAAGAGUAUGGAUCGGUAUGAAAAUCAUGCAGAACAACUUCCAAUGGGUCGAUCAGACCCCAGUGAACUACUAUAAUUUUAACCCUCUGCUUCUGGGCAUGCACAAGUCUAUGGGAAUCAGGACUUUAGAUCCGGAGGGUUCAGCCAUUUGUGCGUUCCUGAUCAAUAACAACCACUCUGACAUGCUUGGAACCUGGGACUACGCUCCUUGCACCCAGAGUCAAAAUGUGGGCAUUUGCCAAUACUAUGCAGAUAAAACCGAGGAGAAGACCAUUAUCACAGAAAAGCAUUUGAAUGUCAAAGACUACUCUUUCCUACUGGUUUCCAAAAAUCUUACCUGGUUUGAGGCUUUGGAGUACUGCAAAAAUAAAAGUAUGUAUCCAGCGAGCAUUCCCGACGCCUACGUACAGUCCGUCCUCGGUGUGAACGUGAACCGCGUUGGAACCGCCAUGUGGAUCGGCCUUUUCAGCGAAGAUAGUGGGCAGCACUACCGGUGGACCGACCACAGUCACACCGUGUUCAGUCGAUGGUCUUCGGAGCCCACCACUGGAGGGUGUGUGUACCUGGACACAGACGGCUUCUGGAAAGCCGCGGAAUGUGAGGAUCAGCUUGGAGGCGCCAUCUGCUACAAACCGCACAAUGAAGUCAUUCCCUCGCCGGAGCACGCUGCCACUAAAUGCCCUCAUAACAUAAAAGGACCAAACUGGAUUCCCUGGAUGAGCAACUGUUACACCUUUCAACUCGUCCCAACCAGAUGGGAUGCUUUUAAAAAGAAUAAAGUGGCGGACACCUGCCAAGAACUUUAUCCAAACGCCUCCAUCCUAACCAUCAGGAAUGAGGAGGAGAACAAGUUUAUCGCAGAAAAGCUCAAAUCCUACGAAAGCUUAGUCCACUUUGUUUGGCUGGGAAUGUUCAGAAAUAGCGAUAACCAGACCAUGUGGUACGAUGGUACGAGUGUCCAGUAUUCCAACUGGUUGAAAGGCCGACCCAGUUUAAACGGUACCUUCAUGGCUGGUCUCACCUCUGAGGGAACCUGGAUUCUCUUAAAAGACAAAGACACCUUUGAGGCUUUCAGACAAAAGUCAAUUGUUGUCUGCAAGUUGGAUAAUGAGUCCAAAAAGGAGUACAAGCAUUCGCUCAAGAACCUGAAGGCCUACGAGACCCUCUCUUAUGAGGUUGUCACCAAACGGUUAAAUUGGUCUCAGGCGCUAGAAGAGUGCAGUCAGCGUGGCGGUCACCUGGCAAGUAUUCAUGACGGAAAACACAACGAGCACCUGCAGCUCAUCGCCAAGACGGAUGGCUUCCCGCUCUGGAUUGGCCUGUCAAACCAGGAUGUCAGUGACUCAGCCUUCGAGUGGUCAGAUGGGACGAAAUUUAAGUACAAUUACAACAUCAUAGAAUCGCUGACGGACUUCAGCUCAAGCGAGCCCAGUUGUGUUCACAUGAACCCUGCUGGAGAGUGGGUGAAAACCCUCUGCGAUACCUUGCAAGAGGGCGCCAUCUGCUACACCACCAACACCACCACGUCCUCCCAAAGAGCUAAGCUGCAAAACGCCCUGGAGAACAACAACUGCCCUGAGGGCAACGGGACGUCUAGAUGGGUUCAGCAUCAGGAUCACUGUUAUUUAUUCGACGGGAGCUUCUAUAACUACGGUGUUUACUUCAUGGACCAGGCCAAGACAAUAUGUCAGCAGCUGGAUGCUCAGCUACUGACAAUCAAAACCAAACAGGAGAACGACUUCUUGAACAAGCACCUCACCGACGACCCUCUCAUCACCAGUCGAGUUUGGCUCGACGUCAAAUUAGACUCUGCAGGUAAACCUGUGUCCUGGCAGGACGGCUCGACCCUGUCCUACACGAACUUGAAGUCUGAGCCCUCGUCGUCAGGGAAACAGUCGAACCCCAACUGUGUUGUCAUGAUGGCAGGAGACGACGGCGACUGGAAGCUGGUCGACUGUGAAUCCACCAAGAGCCGUGUGGUCUGCAAAACUCAAGCAAAGUCUUCAGGCUCCCCUGUUGCACUGGGACUCUUCAUCACAGUCCUCCUCGCUCUCCUCCUAGCCAUCGGCUUUGUCAUCUACAAGAAGAAACGGUCCUACUUCUCCUCGACAGUUCGCUAUGAGAGGACCCUUGAUGACUUAGACACCACCAGUAUAAUAACAGGAAAAGAUUGAGCUUGUCUUAUCGUUCAGCCUCAGGGACUCCUUCUGUGCCUGCGUCGUCUACAUUCUCUACUCCUCAACAAAAGUGGAUGCAGCCUUCCUAGUUCUUUUGUUUUAUUAUUAUUUAUUUUUUUCACCCCAGCCUUAAAGAAAAAAAAAAAAACAAUAAUCUGUAAAUAUUGUCUGGGACACUGAAUUUAACUGUGUGAGGCUGAAAACCAAAGAAUUCUGACAUCAGAAAAAAGAAGAUUCUAGUUGAAUCUCUUUUCCUGAGCAGGUUGGAGUUUUAUUUGAAAUUUUCUAAUAAUGGGGUUUUUUUAUGCUUUUAUGGGUCUUCAAGUUCCACCAAGAAGCUGCAAACUUCACUCAACUGCUAAUGUUAAACUAAUUUCCUUAAUUUUAACUGUUUGUUAGAGAAUAUUUAUUAAAAACUAUACUUCUAAUUUGGUCAUUGAAGUGAUUUGUCAGCUACAGGGUGAAGUGAAAUUAUUAUCGUCUUGAGUUUACAAUGACGGCAGACAUUUACUCAAACUUGUGCCGUAGUGCUCUCAGUUGUCUUACAAUGGUGACAUUUAUACUUUACAUUAGUGCAACGUUCACUCAGUGAUCCAUGUCCUGUUGAAGAAGGUGUAAAUGCACAAACACAGACCCUAAACAGGAAAAACGAAAUUAAACCAAGAUCUUUCCCACCGUUGUAGCAUUGACUGUGGAGGUUUUAGACUUUGUUGAGCCAAUUUCUCGAAGAAAGCCCAACUUUGCUAAACUUGUUUUGUUGCUCUCCCUUUGCAGUAUGCAAUAUGCAACUUCCCAUUCGGGCUGAUGCACACCGACACAAGAGUUAAUUCAAACUACGCGGAAUCAAACUUGCUGUUAUUUUUGUUUUAAAACUGUAACUAAUCUAAUGGCGUAAACUACACUUAUUUGCUUUGAGCCCAAGCGUUUUAUAGACGAGGAGUUUCAUCUCUAAUACAGAUAAAAGCUUUUAUUUAAAAAUGUGUUUAUAUAUAAAUCCAAAAGAAAUCAUCAUAGGUUUAAGUGAUCCGACCAAUAACAUUCUUACUUUUUUCAUGUUUAUAUUUUCAGCUGAACUAUUAUCUAACAGGCAGAAAUCUGACAAAAAAUAAAAAAAAUCUGCCUUCUAGCAACAUCAGUGGCUAGAUAUCAAUUUACACAUUGUAUUACAAAUGCAUACAGAAGAUGAUGUAUUGUUCUGCUGACUAACAGUGAAGAGCACUGCCUUAGUCUAAAAUGAAUCGACACCCAUCUGUGUAACGUCUGCGUCUUAUCUAUGCACAUAACUACUGAUCAAGAACGCACUUUAAUACGAGAGAAAACGGUUUCUGCUGUAUACUAAAGCACAAGAUGGUCUGGAGGUGAUCGACACUCAAAUUGCACUGUUUGCUGUAAAUGCUUUGUAAAUAUCUUAUUAUUAUUUUUAAUUGAACCAAAGAUGGCAUGUGAAUGUUAAAAGCUUUUACUGAGCAUCUGCCUCAGUUUGGCCUGUUAAUAUCAAAAUGCAAACUGUUGAUUAAGUUCACUGUUUUACAAAAACCGAUCAACUUAAAUCAGGUACCGUAACCUUUCAAUAAACGUUUUCUUUGAAUUUGUA